AUGCAAGGUAUAUACUUUGAAUCCCAAGGCCGUUAUGACGAAGCUUUGAAGUGUUACGACGUGUAUCUGGGAGAAGACGAGCUUAACCAGCCCAUUAUUAAACGCAAAGUGACUGUGGCCAGAGCCCAGGGCGAUCGAACUGGGGCCAUUGAGC